AUGAGGCGAAAUGUCAAACUGCGCAUGCGCGCCAACGCUCAGCUUAUGGAGCAUCGACGGACGUACCGAUGCAAGCCAGCCAUGUUUCUCGGGAUUCAAGGCUCGGACGGCAGGAAGCCGGAGGACACGUCCGACGAGCCCGGCGUCUACAGCGCUUCGAACGGUGUCCCCAUUCCCCACGCCUACGAGGCUCAGCGCGUUGGUCGUGAAGGACCUCUUCUUCUGCAGGACUUCCACCUUAUCGACCUCAUCUCUCACUUUGACCGAGAGCGCAUCCCUGAGCGUGUCGUCCACGCCAAGGGAGGUGGAGCGCACGGUAUCUACCGCACAACCCACCCCAUCCCCGAUCUUUGCCUGAACAACCUCUUCGCCACUCAGACGGAAUGUCCCAUCACGGCGCGAUUCUCCACCGUCGGCGGCGAGUCCGGAUCGCCCGACUGCGCUCGUGAUCCUCGCGGCUUCUCCAUCAAGUUCCGCACCGAAGACGGAAACAUGGACUGGGUUUUCAACAAUACGCCCAUCUUCUUCCUUCGUGAUCCUGCCAAGUUCCCGCACUUCAUCCACACGCAGAAGCGCGAUCCUCAGACGCACCUGACCCACAGCGACGACUCGAUCCACUUCUGGGACUACAUGGGAGCCAACCCUGAAUCCGUGCAUCAGUUCCUGUACCUGAUGGGUCCUCGUGGUAUCCCCGCUAGCUGGAGACACAUGCAGGGAUACUCGGGCCACACGUUCAAGUUUGUCAACAAAGAGGGCAAGUGGAAGUAUGUUCAGAUCCACGUUCUCUCGCAGCAGGGAACCAAGAACCUGACCAACGAGGAGGCUGCAGAGCAAUCGCCUGACGCCCAUCAGAAGGAUCUCUUCUACGCCAUCGAGAACGGCGACUUCCCCAAGUGGGACGUCAAGUACCAGAUCAUGGACCCCGCGGAUGCGCCCAGCUCUGGCGUCAACGUCAACGAUCUCACCAAGGUCUGGCCUCGCGACAAGUUCCCUCUCCACCCGCUCGGUGAGAUCGAGCUCAACAAGAACGUCGCCAACUACUUUGCCGAGAUCGAGCAGAUCGCCUUCAACCCAGCCCACCUUGUUCCCGGUCUCGAGCCAAGCAACGAUCCCGUCCUGCAAUCUCGACUCUUUUCCUACCCCGACACGCACCGUCACCGUAUCGGAGUCAACUACCAGCAGCUCCCCGUCAACCAGGCCCACCCCAAGCACAUCCCUACCAACUUCCAGCGCGACGGCGGUAUGGCCUUCUACAACCAAGGUGCACGCCCCAACUACAUCUCGUCCCUUGCGCCGCCCGAAUUCCGCUCGCGUCAGGUGGACAUCGACUCCGUUCAUGGCGAUUACGAGGGCCAUGCGAUCGCAUUCCUCUCUGGUGUUCAGGAGGACGACUUCGUCCAGCCCCGCGCCAUGUGGCACAAGGUCUUCAGCCAGAAGGACCGCGAACAGACGAUCGGAAACAUCUCGGGUCACAUGUCGACGUGCAAGAACCAAGAUGUGCUCAAGCGGGCCAUCAGCGUCUGGCACCAGGUCGACCCCGAGCUGGCCGAAAAGAUCGCAGAGCCCCUCGGUCUCAAGGGCAAGUACAAGACCGAUCUCAGAGGAGAGGUGUUCAACGGUUCCCACAACUUCUUGGGUAGAAACAUGGACGAGGAAGCUGGUGCAGCAGGUCAGUGGAGUCGAGCCGAUGGCGCAAAGAAGACGAGGGAGCCCGUGUACGGCUUGACCUCCAACGUGCAUGGACUGGUUAACGGUAACAAGACUGAUGCUUCCACCACCGCUUGA